UGCGCUGGUGCGCAAGCGCAGUGGCCGGACGGCAGAGCGUGUGUUUCCAAAAUGGCGGCAGCGAUGGAUGUGGAUACCCCGAGCGGCACGAACAGCGGCGCGGGCAAGAAGCGCUUUGAAGUGAAAAAGUGGAAUGCAGUAGCCCUCUGGGCCUGGGAUAUUGUGGUUGAUAACUGUGCCAUCUGCAGGAACCACAUUAUGGAUCUUUGCAUAGAAUGUCAGGCUAACCAGGCGUCUGCCACUUCUGAAGAGUGCACCGUUGCAUGGGGAGUCUGUAAUCAUGCUUUUCACUUCCACUGCAUCUCUCGCUGGCUCAAAACACGGCAGGUGUGUCCGCUGGACAACAGAGAGUGGGAAUUCCAAAAGUAUGGGCACUAGGAAAAGAAUAUUCUUCCAUCAAGCUCAACUGUUUUUGUUAUUCAUUUAAUGAUUUGUCCUUCUGUUACUUACUUGUAAAUUAAUAGAUAGAACGGGGUCUUUUCUGCUUUGUCUUUUCAGUUUGCUAUUCCUGCAGUCCUAUUGUGUUCUGUGUCAAAUAAAAUCCAGUUGGAUUCUAGAAC